CCGUAGCCAGGGAAGCGAUGAUUGGCUGGGAUACAAAAGUGCCCCUGCCUCGGCGGUUUCGGUUUCGGUUUCAUCCCGUUCGUCCGCGGAGGCCGGGCUUGGGGUUACCUAGAGUGGGGAUACCGAAUCCCCGCCACCAGAUUUCUGAUCAGGAUUGUUAAAAUGAGUCUGCGGAAGCAAACCCCCAGUGACUUCUUAAAGCAAAUCAUUGGACGUCCAGUUGUGGUAAAAUUAAAUUCUGGAGUGGAUUACCGAGGGGUCCUGGCUUGCCUGGAUGGCUACAUGAAUAUAGCCUUGGAGCAGACAGAAGAAUAUGUAAAUGGACAACUGAAGAAUAAGUAUGGGGACGCAUUUAUCCGAGGAAACAAUGUGUUGUAUAUAAGCACACAGAAGAGAAGGAUGUGAAGACACCAACAGUACAAUACCUCUCAUACUUGGAUAUAUUUUUUUAUGAGAUUUUUUUUGGUUCUUUUUGAUAUAAUGUUCUAUUUCAUAAUAGUUGGUGACUUUUCACUGACAUAAGAUAAAUGUAUAAAAUUGUGGAUUUAAUUGUAAAGAAUUCUUUCAUAUUUAAGUUUCAGCCAUUUUCUUUAACCUCUGUCAGUGUGCAGAAUGCAAAAAGAAUAAAAAAAAGAAAAAAAUCUGUUUCUCCCCACAUGGUUUCUAGUGUAAGUUUCAAGCAAUAUCAUUGGAUUUGAUUGCUUUAUUUAUUUGAAUGACUAAAAUGAUGCACAUGAUGACAAUUAAAAUAUUUUAGAGCUGUC